CUCUAUUUCAAUAACUUGUUUGCUUCAACAACUGUAACUCACUAGAGUUGUUCGUUUUGAAAAAUGUGACUCACAAUUUCCAAAUUGGGAGAAGAGGAGUAGUACUUGUGUUUCAACGUACUACAAUCCAGUUACCUGGUCUUGCAAACUCUCCGUUUAAUUUGUUGAGCAACGAAAUGAAGAGGACUCAGCGAUUCAAACGAGUCACAAAUCCCAAGAAGACGAUCCAAACUACCGAUUCCAGUUCCAUGAUCAUAUCGACCAUACCCAAAUCCAAACCUAAAUCUAAAGUCAUAUCCCAAUUUAAUCCAGUCUCAGUACCGCAAUUCUCCAUCAAGAAUUCAAAGAUCUUGCCUCCUGAUUUCUACCAAAUCGACGCCCUCGAUCUGGCUCCUCGUCUACUCGGCAAGUACCUUAGGAGAGAUGAUGUUGUUCUUCAGAUUACGGAGGUGGAAGCUUAUAGGCCAAACGACUCAGCUUGUCACGGUCGAUUCGGUAUAACCGCUAGAACAGCUCCAGUUUUUGGACCUGGAGGACAUUCAUAUGUUUAUCUUUGUUAUGGUCUCCAUACAAUGCUGAAUGUUGUGGCAGACAAAGAAGGUGUUGGAGCGGCCGUGUUAAUUCGUUCUUGUGCUCCUGUCAGUGGGCUAGAUACCAUUCAGCAGCGCAGGGGUCUGAAAACCGAGAAGCCUGUUCUUCUUACUGGACCUGGGAAGGUGGAAGCUUAUAGGCCAAACGACUCAGCUUGUCACGGUCGAUUCGGUAUAACCGCUAGAACAGCUCCAGUUUUUGGACCUGGGGGACAUUCAUAUGUUUAUCUUUGUUAUGGUCUCCAUACAAUGCUGAAUGUUGUGGCAGACAAAGAAGGUGUUGGAGCGGCCGUGUUAAUUCGUUCUUGUGCUCCUGUCAGUGGGCUAGAUACCAUUCAGCAGCGCAGGGGUCUGAAAACCGAGAAGCCUGUUCUUCUUACUGGACCUGGGAAGGUGGAAGCUUAUAGGCCAAACGACUCAGCUUGUCACGGUCGAUUCGGUAUAACCGCUAGAACAGCUCCAGUUUUUGGACCUGGGGGACAUUCAUAUGUUUAUCUUUGUUAUGGUCUCCAUACAAUGCUGAAUGUUGUGGCAGACAAAGAAGGUGUUGGAGCGGCCGUGUUAAUUCGUUCUUGUGCUCCUGUCAGUGGGCUAGAUACCAUUCAGCAGCGCAGGGGUCUGAAAACCGAGAAGCCUGUUCUUCUUACUGGACCUGGGAAGGUGGAAGCUUAUAGGCCAAACGACUCAGCUUGUCACGGUCGAUUCGGUAUAACCGCUAGAACAGCUCCAGUUUUUGGACCUGGGGGACAUUCAUAUGUUUAUCUUUGUUAUGGUCUCCAUACAAUGCUGAAUGUUGUGGCAGACAAAGAAGGUGUUGGAGCGGCCGUGUUAAUUCGUUCUUGUGCUCCUGUCAGUGGGCUAGAUACCAUUCAGCAGCGCAGGGGUCUGAAAACCGAGAAGCCUGUUCUUCUUACUGGACCUGGGAAGGAUUUGAGAAGAAAAUUGCAAGGAAACAAUGGUGGUUAGGGCUGUAAAUAAGGCGUGCUGAGUUGAGUUUUAGGUUGCUUGAGCUUGGCCUGACUGAAUUCCCUCUGCCAAUUUGGUUCUCCAUCAUCCAAGGUUGGAUAACAUUAGUUCAAGCUCCGCUAGCCACCUACUCGGCUUACUCAUGAGCUUAGCUCAGCUUGGUUCAAAUGGCUUGAUUUGAGUUUCUGUUAGGACACUUGUUAUGUCUUCAUGGGUUAGUGAAAAGUAGAAAUGAAAAAAUAAAGCCUGACAUGAUCACCAUGAAAGGUUGUGUGAAUUAUAUAAUAAGCACAGUGUACUUGAUAUUCACAAGCCCAUCUUGGGCCUAUUCAACUUCCACUUGUAAACUACUGAACAUGCACGUUAUUACUAACUGAGAAGUAUGCAAAAUUUAAGUGCUAAAAUGGAUCUUAUCCAUGGUGAUAUUAGCUAUAAAUGCACGAGCCCUAAAAAAACUGCUUGUCAGAAGAAAGCAUGGCCUUGACCUAAAAAUAGCAAAACCACAUUCGUUUCUUUGGCUUUCUUUUUUUUCCCUGAUAAGAAAUAUUAUAGCAAUCUUACUACUCCGUAAAACAGUUGAGAAAAUAUGACAAAAGUAGUCCCAAACUCUAGAAUCUCUCAUGUGAAAGUUUAUAAGUAACAGAUUAUGAUUCUUUCUUGGACAACAAAAGUAGUCCCAAACUCUACAAUCAAAAUCCUCGCUCGUACACUUUUUUUUGUUGUAUCCUACGGUGCAACUUCACGGAAUUUAUUUUUAAAUUUUCAAUACAAAAUGACAUCUGCAGGAUUUAAGUCACAAACUGUAAAUCAUACUUUGUUUAACUAGUAAUGACAUCCCAAAGGAGAAAGCGAAGAAUAUUUAUUUAUUUAUGUAUGUGCUGGUUUCUUGGAUUAUGUUGGG